GGUCGUCUUCAUUUUGGGCACAAGAUGAAGCUUCUUGUGGCUGCGGUGGUUCUUUUCUGCGUGACAGCAAAUGCCUACCAGGUUCCCAAAGAACUUUUACUUGGCCCUAUGUUCUUGGCGGGCCAAACUCAUGUAUAUAACGUCACAAUCGAUUUGGUAUCGAGCAUAUCCGGACUGAGCUCUCAGCAUGCUCGAUUCACCCUAAGCGCCGAUGCAUCAAUUUAUGCCAAUUCAAAUAAAGAUCAUGUGCUCAAGUUAACGAACGUCCGGACCACUGGACCUAUGACCUCUGUCUCCAAUUAUGCCUCACCUAUUACUCUUUUUGACAGUAAGGAAUUGGAAGAUCAACUUUCUGUUCCGAUUAAAUUCACGUUAGAAAAGAAACAAGUCACUAGCUAUACCUUGGAUGAAAGGGAAACGCUGGAAACAAAGAAAAUCAAGAAGAGUAUUUUGCGCAUGCUCGAACUGUACGUUGAUGAAGACAAGAUUGAAAGUGACACCUUUAGUGUUUUGCCAAUCACUUACAAUUUGACCAGAAAAAGUCCAGUAGGGGAUUAUCAAUCACAGUAUGUCAUAACAUCAAGCCCAUAUGAAGAGUUUCCACUGGAGAGGAAUGUCUUGAACGUCAGUCGCUCUGACAAUUAUGAGAACAUUAGGUAUCCCAGCCACGUGUUCGAACACAAUUUUAAGCUGCAAGGUUGCCCAGCUGUCUGCAAAAAUAACUGGACUGACAACAAAUUCGGAGCCGGAUGUCCAAGUGGAUUUGAGCCGCAUCAAUCGCAUGUGAAAAUGUACUAUAACCAUCAUCAUCGUUUGGUUAAGCAGGACAAUGUAUUACUUCCAGAAGACAUUGACGCUGAUGAGUACCAUAUUGCCAAGUCCUACGAUCAAAAGAUGGAAAUAUUCAUCCGCGUCCAUAUGAGCCAUAAGGAAAAUACACGGGAUACCAUUAGAGUACCGAACGGACAACAGUCAUACACAGAUUUAGAUGAUUAUGAAAAAGAAAUCAACGAACAAGAAAUAAACGAUCUCUGCAUUUACCAGAACCCGCAAAGAGCCAUCGAAGCUUCUAAAACACUUCUAAACGAGUUAGCUGAGACUGUUGUAAAUGGUGAUCUUGAGCAUAAAGAUAGCACAUUAGUUGGAGAGAAAUUGGUCCUGCUGCAAAAGUCUCUUGCCAUGCUAAAGAAAAGUGACCUAGAAAAUGUUGAAAAAGAAAUUGCAAAGUUAGGCACUUUAUCACAAGCCACCGAUAAAGAAAAGGUUAAAAGGCAAAUUUGGAUCGACUUGUUGAGCACAAUUGGCACCUCAUCAUCAGUUUCAUACAUCUCUUCAUAUAUUCAGAGGAAUCUUAAACGCGAUUUAACCGUAUAUGAAGCAAAAGAAAUACUGGAAGCUCUGCCUGAAAAUGUUCAUAAGGCGAAUGAACAAACUAUUGAAGAACUUAUGAAAAUUUGGGAACUAAGACCUGUUUCAGAAUAUCACCUUCUACACUCAGCCGCAUUUAUUACGGUAGGCAAGGUCAUAAACAAAGCAUGUAACAAGAAUUACCCAAUUUCUUCAGAAGAGUCGCCAUCAUCUUCAUCAUGGAUGAGAAACUAUCAACAGGCUUUCAGCAGCUUAAAGCUUUCUGAAUCAUCAGAGUCAACAGAGUCAUCGACAUGUCCAACGGCGCUGGUAAAAAGCAUUGUAGAAAAAUUGGUGCAAAAACUGAAGCAAACACAAAGUAAACAAGAGAAAGCAAUUUAUAUCCAAACAUUGUCCCAAAUAAACACUUUGGAAGCUGUGCAGCAAUUGGCUGAGUAUUCGUUUGGUAUUGCCGAAGAUUUUCAGCAGUACUCGCCAAGUCAAGUCAAUUUCUUCAAAGUUAUUACUCUUUUUGCUCUUCACAACAACAUCAAUAAAUAUCCUCAACAGGUAUUGAAAAUCGCAGCUCCAAUAUUUUUCAACAGAACUGAAAAAGCUAAGGUAAGAAACGCAGCUUUUAAUGUGAUUCUUAGAUCUCAGCCUUCUCGAGAACUACUGGAACAUAUCGUUCAUGAUACAUGGCAUGAGACCAGCUUAGAAGUUGGAAGUUACGUCACAUCAUCGUUGGAAACUUUUGGAAAUUCUUCGAUGCCUUGUGAUCAACUGACAGCUCAACGCAUCAAGAUGGUCGUUUCACAAGCAAAGAGAGUCGAUGAAGGAUAUCAACAUUCAAAGAAUUUGUACUAUUCAUAUAACGAUGACCUUCGCUCAUAUGGCCACGAAGAAAGAUUCGAAUACACUUCUAGUGGUGAAUCCAUUGUUCCAAGCACCAUAUACCAUGCGUUUAAAUUUAUGACACGGAAUAUGCAUGAAGUUGCUUCUCAGACUGCAAUAAAUAUUGAAGGAGUGACCUCAAAGAUGAUUUUAGACAAGAUUAAUGAAUACAUUGGAAUGAAAACCGGAAAGCCAUUGACGCCGAGCCGAGAAUCUGAAAUAUUUGGAAAGAUGAAGUAUGAAGAGAAGGUUCCCGAAGAAUUUAAAAUGACUCUCUUCAACCGCUUCUUCUAUGCAAGUUCCUAUUACUACAUCGAAAACCCAGCAAGAGAUUUUGCACCAAUUUUUGAACAUUUCGAAAAGUACUUCAAAUCAUCAGGCAACUACAAGGGCACUUACGUCAAAGCCAUGUUAACAUCAACUCUACAUACUGUCACUGUUGCAAAAGCUGUACCCUUCCCAGUAGAGCUGGAAUUAAAGUACCCAUAUCUACUUGCUAUUCAACUCAAAAACCAAGACAGCGGAAGAAUAGAUCCAAGGAAAAUGCGCCUUUCAAUGAAAUUCAGCAUGUAUUUAAGCAGAUUACUUAGCCAUCACAUCAAAAAUCUUCGGGAUUGUAAAGAAAUUGGAACUUAUUAUGAGCAUAAAAUAUCCAUGAACAUUCCGUACGAAUUUAGCUUUGACUUGAUGAACUGGAAUAAAAUAAAAGUAGAAUAUGGAUUUAUGAAUUUACCAAGACAGAUCGUGGCUAUCAAAACUGAAGCUGGAACAUUUAUCGGCAAGAAGGAACUGGAUAGACUUCCACAGAUGAGUCAGAGAUCUCCAAUUAAGAGAAUACCUGAACAGUUUAAGAGAGAGCAGAAGUUGGACGUCGUUGGACUUCCACCGAUGCAUAUUAGUACUCACACUGAAAACAUGGCUGAAGGACAUGAAAGCAUUCCAAGAAACAUUCCAGAAUUACUUGAAUGGGCAGCGACGAGGACUCUAAAUGCUGGAUGGAGAUCAAGAUCAGUAAACGUCACUAUGGAUACGAGUGUCAUUUAUUGGCCUUCGAAUACUAAGAUUUCAUUCGAAAUAAACUACCGCCGUCAACAACAUACUCCUUCUAGAAUGAAUAUGAUGCAGAAUAGAGGAAAGACAUCGGAGUCGGAAGAAAACGAAGAGGACAUUGUAAAAGACAUAGACGAAGACGUGGACACCAAGGACGCCAGAGACUGGAUUUCACGUGGCAGAAAAAUCUGCGAAACACUCGUUUCCUCAUAUCCUCAUGUGCAGCAUGUUUUUGACGUCCAGGUGAAGACCCGACCGGUGUCUAACAAAGCAUCCAUCAGGGCAGAAUACAAUCAUACCCUUGGCAAGCACGUGCAUGCUUUCCACAUGGACGCAGCGUUACAUCUCAAACGGUUUCCAAUUCCUCUUGCAUUGAGUGCUGAUCAUAUCAUUGGUUACCUUGGAAGACCAAGUGAAUUCAAGUUUGACAAAAACUCAUUUUCUCAAGAACGAGCCCGUUUCCUGAGCACUGUUAGCUUACAUCAUGCGAAACCCUUUGAAAAAGUGGAUUUAUUUUUUGCUGGAUAUAUGAAGCGUAUACCAUUGUCUAACCUCCUUAACGACAUGCUUGUAUCACGGUUGGACGAAAAGCAUUUCUUGCCUCAAGAUUACGAGCAAUGCGAAAGAGAUACAGAAGCUGGGAAGGCUCUAUCUAAGGAGUGCAUGAAAAGCAUAAAUGAAAUGUCUAAAUUCAAUUACUACGAUGUCAUUGCAUCGUGGACAGAGGCUAAAUUACCAGGCAUCUACAGACGACUUGCUAAGACGGCUGAGACCUUAACACGUUCAUUGGCUCUGGGACAUGUCACUGUCUCAGAAAACGAAGGUCUCCAGAACACUUUGGGAUUGAACAUUACGUACAUUGACAAGUUGAGUGACAACCCAUUGAUCGAUGUCGUCUUGGAAAAGCCGUCUGAAUUUAUCAAGUACGAGAAAUUGCCAGCAAUAAUUCUACAACCAAUUUCCAGCAUUCACAGCAUCUUUGACACGUAUAUUCAUGCAACCACCAACAAUACAUAUCCAGCUACCUGCACCUUAAUGGAGAAGUAUUUAACAACAUAUGACCAAAAGACAUAUCAGCUACCCUCAGAUCAAUGCCAAUAUCUUAUUUCUGCACCAUGUACACAAUACAAGCGUUUUGCAGUUCUAGGAAAAACCCUUUCUCGUCACGAAGGAACAAAGGAAAUUACGCUUUAUAUAGGGGAUCAUAAGCUUAUUCUAAGCCCGAAAGAAGCAAGUGGUUACAAGGUUAAUGUCAACGGUGAAGAAAAGGUUGUCCACGUCUCAGGCCCUGUACUUCUGGAAGAUGAACAUACUGAUCUUUCGGUUUCUCUGAACGUUGAUGUCGAAGGCACCUUCCUAGAAGUUUACGAUAACAUUCUUGGUCUAAAAUUGGCUUACAAUGGAAAAAACGUCAAAAUCCAGGUCAAUCCCAUUUUCAAAGGAGAACUGUGCGGUCUUUGCAGUACAUUCGAUGGAGAAACCGUCCAGGAAUAUCUUGCUCCAGAUGGAUGUCUUUAUUCCAAAGAACAGGAUUUUAUGAAAAGAUCAAUAGUGAAUCCUUCAGAGUGCCACGCAAACGUUGAUCCAUCCGUGCCACACAUUUGCUAUUCAAGCAGAGGUCAGAACAUGUAUACUCAAAGCACUGGCAACAUGGUUCGAAGAAAUGCUGUGAAAUACAGAGAAGAUACCAUUUGCUUCUCCGUAGAACCGGUGUCAAUGUGCAGUCAGGGUCAAAAUCCUCAAGAAUUAGAUGAAGAGUCGGUCGGUUUCCAUUGCUUACCGAAGAAUGAUCUCCCUACUCAGAAGUUAGUCAGCGAGGCCAACGUAAGAGAACUUGAAGAGAUGAGGAAUAAGAACGUUGAUUUUGUUGAGCUGGUGACAGUUGCCAAACAAUGCUAGAGAAAAAGAACACAUAAAUCCAUUGUAAUUUUUAAGUAUAAAUACAUUAUUUUAUUUGUC